CUGUGUUUGGAUCCUUGGAGUUGUCCUGGAUAAACAUCCUAAAAUGGCUAAGCUGGUGCCCAUCAUUUCCCAGAAAGAUCUCGAGAACAUUUCCUUGAGUCAGACGGGCUUUGGCAUCGCGCUGAAGGCCUUCCACAUGGCUUGGCACACAGACAUCUCCGUGAAGCUGUUGAGUAACCAGAGAGCAGGAGAAAGAGAUUUCAAGGCCCUGCUCCAAGAAGCAGCAAACAUUCAACGUUUACAAUGCAACCAUCUCUUGCCUCUUUUGGGUAUUUGCCAGUUCCAAGGUUUCCUUGGGCUUGCAACAACAUGGAUGCACAAUGGAUCGCUCUGUUUGCUCAUUCAUGAUCGUGAACUCUAUCCAGAGCUGCCUGUUCCUUUGGCCAUAAGGAUCCUGUCAGAUGUUGCCAACGGUCUAAGUUAUCUUCACAGUUUGGAGCCUCCUGUCCUUCACCACAAUCUCAAACCUUCCAAUGUGUUGUUAGAUCUAGAAUAUAGAGCUAAGAUCUCGGAUUUUGGCCAACCCACCUGGAGAAAACAGCAGCUGAGGGCAGCUUUGGAAAACUGUAGCAACAGUAGUUGCUGGGAUUUGCUCUUCCUGUCUCCUGAAAUGCUGCAAGGAGGCCCAUUCUCACCUGAAGGAGAUGUUUACAGUUUUGGGAUGAUGUGUUGGGAACUCCUAAGUCGACAAAAGCCACUGACAGGAAAAAAGACUUUGCUUCAAGCUGUGACUGGGGUCUGCAACGGUCUGCGCCCAGGGAUUGAACCGGCGUUCAUCCCAAAUGGUUUGCCUCAUCGGAACGGGCUGGUCCGGCUUAUGCUUCUCUGCUGGCAUCAAGAACCCCACUGUAGACCUAGCACUGCAGAAUGUGCGGCAUUUCUAAAGGAUAUCCUCCAAACCUUUCCAAAGGAGAGGAUUUCUGAUGCAGUUUACAACCUGAUUCAUGCCAAGGAAUGUGCAAUUAAUGCUGCCAAAGGUCCAGUUUCUCACCACCUUGAAACAGGGAGGCGCAAUUUAGAGAUCAUCUGUCCUCAGAACAACAAUGUACCCAACAAGGAAAUUGUGUUAAAGCCACAGAGUUUAUCAUGUGAAACAGGAAGUCCAAUGAAUAAAGUGAACCAGACAAUCCUUGUCAGCAAGACUCCUCAACAGACAACCUUAGAAAGAGAUCCAUCUAUGGGUGCCAGCAAAGGAUCAAGUCCUCCAUCCAUCGUCCUUCCACCCCAUUCAAAGACGAGCAACAAUAAAACUAGGCCCUGCAGCAAUGAAUUCAAAGGUCACCAGCCUCUAUUUCCACAAAAAAUGGGAGAACCAGACUAUCCCAAGAACUGUCCAGACCGUUGGCCCAAUGGCACAUUGAUAGGUCCUCCCAGCAAAGAAAAAAACUGCUCCAUUCUCACUUUGGGGCGAGAAGCCAUCUUGAGCUCAAUGACCGAAGGGCGUUUGAACCACCUCCUGGACGUCCUACGCGCCCAGCAGCUCUUACCCAGGGCAGAUUACGAAAUGAUCUCCUCGUACCCGACUUUGAUGGGACGGACCCGUGCUUUGAUUGACACUUGUCUGAGUUUGGGGGAAAAGGCUGCCGAGACUGUCGUGACUGUACUAUCCAGCAGUAAAGGCAGCCUUUUGCUGAGAAGGCUCCAAGUAAACCUUGUGAAUUAAACCUGAAUCUCCGUUCGGUUUACACUGUGGCCUUAUCGGUCCAAGGGAUGCCUGGAGUUACUUUUCAGAGAUGUUCAUCCUCUGUAAAUACGUCCAUAAAUACCUGGAUUGGAUGAAAAGAAUGGGCUGCCCGCUGAGGAAAAGCAACACAAUUUGCUAUUUUUGGCAUGACAUUGACCCGAGGAGGCUCUCAACUAUCCUGUUUUUUUCCUUAACGGCGGCAGAGCACAAGGUUUUUAUUUUCACGUUGUGCAAAAGCGGAUUGUGGAGCUGUGGGAAAUAAAAAGUCAUUUAAGGACAGGGCUUCCCCAGUAAACCACAGGGAGUAAAAGCAAUGUUACUAAUGGCGUCAAGCAAGAAGUAAGGCAGUUGGUCCACCUUCGGGAGCUCGUUACACCUUUGGUUCUCUGCCCCUGAAAUCAAGGUGACGUGAGGCGAGAGAGAUUCAAGUGUUCAGAUUUUCCCCAAAUGAGGAACGUGGAUGCUCAAUACUCAGCUGGGAUGACUCCUCUGCAAAGGAUCAGAGAAUAACAGAAAACUAUGUUGGUCAUCUCACAACUGUGCAACGAAGCAGGUUUGGUGUUGGGAGAUCUCCUGCAAAGUUAUAUCGGAAUUGAUUGAAGAUUUGUGUAUGCACUUUCAGAAAAUGUAAACAUGCAGAUGUAAAUAUGGUAUCUGUUUUACAUUUGCAAAACCAUGCAGUUAAAAAAAAUAAACUCUACGCUGCGUUCAUGCAUUUUAUUUAGCCAAAUUUCCUUAACCAUAUCCUUUCUAAAUAAGUUACAAUAAACUAUGUCUAUUUAGCUUUA